AUGGCGGACAACGGAGAGGGAUCGUCCCUUACCCCAGCCCGGUCUAUGCCCAUAGGCUCGGCCUCGAUACGCUCAAGGUCGCCCGGCCCUGAUGUGGGCAACAGACAGGCAUCUAUGGCACGACUCGCCUCGCCUGUUCCCUCCCCUUCCUUGGGGACAUCCUUGUCUUCUCGACAAGGAAUCCCAGCCAUGCGACCCGUCGCGAACACUGACCAGGAAUUCUCCAAGUCAUUUAACAAUCAAGCAUCACUUCCUGGUCCUGGCCAGUCUAUGAUCGCUUCCCAGAUUCAAGAGAGUCUUGGUCGGUCGCCCCCGAGAUUUGGAACUCCCCCACGAUUCAAUGGAUCUCCUGCCCCCAACCCGAUUCUUGACAACCGACCGAUCGCUUCUCAGUAUGGCUCAUUUGAUACCAAGAACGGAUCUGAAUUGCCUGGUAUGGGACCGAAUGAAGACCCCGAGGUCAUCAAGAGACAUCUCGUCACGGAUCAUGGAGAUAACCAGUCUGAGAUUGCGACCAGCUUUGGUGGUGAUGACCAUUUCUCAAGUCUUCAGCUACAGGGAGGUGACAUUACACGGCAAGUGUACCGCUGGGCGGAGGACGCCGAGGCCGAGGCCGCAGGGCGAUUCCUGCGCAGCAAGAGUUUCAGCGUGAGCCGGCCGAGGCCCGAAGCUGAGACUGAGGACAUUGACACGAUCCGGGUCCCUGGAGGAUUCCGCCGAGAUUACCUCCGCCGAGCAGCUGGAAGCCCGGUGCGAGGAAGUGCUCAGGGGUCUGUUCAAGGGGGACCUCAUGGAAAUGCUGCUCCCCAGCUACCGACUACCAGCUUCUUGGAAUUCCUCACGCUAUACGGUCAUUUCGCUGGUGAAGAGUUGGAAGAGGAUGACGAGGUCUUGGGACCGGAUGAGUACUUUUCGUCUGACACAUGGGACGAGCCAGAGGAGGGCAGGGAGUCUGGAGAAGACGCAGCCCUCCUACAGGGAGAGACACCCGGCCGCAAAAAGAGAAAACACAAGCAGCGUUCUCCAGCAGGAACGACGACCACGACAGGUGCAGUACUUCUGCUGCUCAAGUCCUUUGUGGGUACCGGUAUCCUGUUCCUGCCUCGUGCUUUCUUGAACGGUGGUAUGCUAUUCAGUAGCAUGGUUCUACUGGGAGUCUCAAUCCUGAGUUACUAUGCCUUCAUUCUCUUGGUCAAUACUCGCAUGAAGAUCGAAGGCUCCUUUGGUGAUAUUGGUGGAAUCUUAUACGGAAAGCACAUGCGCCGUAUCAUUCUUGGAUCCAUUGUGCUCAGUCAGUUGGGCUUCGUGUCCGCCUAUAUUGUGUUCGUUUCGCAGAAUCUCCAGGCUUUCGUGUUGGCCGUCAGCAAAUGCGCCACGUUCAUUGAUAUCAAGUAUAUGGUGCUACUGCAGUUGAUUAUCUUCCUGCCCUUGUCUUUGAUUCGGGAUAUCAGUAAGCUUGGCUUCACUGCACUGAUUGCCGAUGUCUUCAUUCUCCUGGGCUUGCUCUACAUCUACUACUAUGAUGUUAGCACUUUGGUCAGCCAGGGCGGUAUCUCGGAUGUCAAAUCAUUCAACCCUGCCACCUGGUCCAUGUUCAUUGGCACUGCAAUCUUCACUUAUGAAGGCAUUGGCCUCAUCAUCCCGAUUCAAGAAUCGAUGAAGAGACCCACCAGGUUCCCCGGUGUCCUAGCUGGUGUCAUGGUGGUCAUCACAUUCAUCUUCCUUUCUGCGGGUGCCUUGAGUUACGCCGCGUACGGAUCGUCAACCAAGACUGUCAUUCUCCUCAACCUUCCUCAGGAUGACAAGUUUGUCAACGUGGUCCAAUUCCUUUACUCGCUUGCCAUUCUACUGAGCACCCCACUGCAACUCUUCCCCGCAAUCCGUAUCAUGGAGAACGAGCUUUUCACACGCAGUGGCAAGUACAACCCAUACAUCAAGUGGAAGAAGAACGGUUUCCGUUUCUUCUUGGUUAUGGUCUGUGCCAUCGUUGCCUGGUGCGGUGCGGAUGAUCUCGACAAGUUCGUUUCGCUGGUCGGAAGCUUCGCUUGUGUUCCUUUGAUAUACGUCUACCCGCCUCUCCUCCACCUUCGUGCUUGCGCUCGUUCCAAGCGCCAAGCCAUCGCCGAUGUGACUCUUGCUGUCUUCGGCGCCAUCUGUUGCAUAUACACAACUUCUCUGACCCUGGCGAGCUGGAUGGGUCCUGAGGUCCCCCAGAGCCCGGGAUACUGUGACUCGUUGUAA